GAAGCAUGGGAGAAGAGAAUGGAGAGUUUGAAAUAUCGAGAGAGAAAACAUACAGGUCUGGAUCCUUGCGAACCUUCAAAAUCCAACCACUUAAAGGAAGAAAUCGGAGCAUCAAAAUUAAUGGCACCUGAGUUGUUUUGGGCUGUUAAAAGAAGAGAUGUGUCUGAUAACGCGUCUAAUUUCCUUACAGUGUUAGAGGACUUAGCUUCAGAGGAAGUAAUGCACGUAUCAAACAUCAUAGAGCAAGUCACCCGUGGAGGCAACACCAUACUUCACCUAGCAGUUCAAAAUAGAAGUCAAGAGAUUUUGCGGCUAACUGCUAGCCACUUCCCUCAACUGAUCACAAGGAAAAACAUAGCAGGAGAUACGGCUCUUCAUCUUGCUGCUAGAAAUAAAGGCAAGGGCUUAAUCAAUGUAAUUCUAACCUGUUAUGCAGAACAAAGGUUUUCUUCUGGAAGCCAAUUUCAUGACGAUACAGAGAUGAAUCUGUUGAGGAUAAAGAAUGAGAUUGGAAACACGGCAUUGCAUGAGGCUGUAAGGACACUUCAUCUUGAGGGUGCUCGUCUCUUAUUCGAAGCAGAUAAAGAUGUGGCGAAUUAUCUAAAUAAUGAAGGUAAAUCACCAUUGUACUUGGCUGUUGAGACAGGGCAUGAUGAUAUCAUUGAUCUUUUGCUGCAAGCUCCAUUAGAGAAUAGGGAGAGGCACCAUGGAACCUCCCCACUCCAUGCUGCUAUUAUGGCUAUGAGUUCAGUUCAAAUAAGCAAACAUAAAUUUCAGCCCUUGGUGGAGGGUUGGGUGGAAGACUGUGCCACAAAUUUCGAGGCUUGCCCAGCAAAAGCGAAAAUGAAUUACUGUGAGAAAAUACUGAGAAAAAAUUCUGAACUGGUCUACUUGAAAGACCAAAGAGGUGGGACAACCCUGCACUUAGCAGCAUCCAGGGGAAAUCUUGAAGUUGUCCGUACAAUUUUCAAUGCAUGUCCUCUAAACGCUCUAGAAUGGGAUCUAAAAGGACGUCUUCCCAUCCACAUUGCUUGCAAAAAAGGUCAUGUUAAUUUGGUUAAGGAAUUUGUUGAAAAACCAGAACCAUGGUUUGAUCCAAUGGAUUCAAUGAAUCAAAAAGGUCAAAAUAUCCUUCACAUUGCAGCAAAAGAAGGAAAAGACAAAGUAGUAAAGUAUAUAUUGAGAGAAAAGAAGCUUGAGAAGCUACUAAACAUGAGAGACAAGAAUGGAAAUACCCCAUUGCAUUUGGCUUCAAAAUACUUGCACCCGAAGACACUGCUAUUGCUGACUCAAGAGAAGAGACUCAACAUCAACCUAGUGAAUAAAGAAGGCAUGACAGCCCGUGAUAUUGUUAUGCUCAGAAGAAGAAUACCACCAACGUUUAGAGAGUUUCUAUCAUUCACAAUCUUGAAAUCUAUUGGCACCCCCUUGAGUGAAAAUGGACGAAGAAUCAGGCGUUCACAUACUGAACCACCUCAGAUUGGAUGGAUCAAAGAUCGUGUCAGCACUAUCUUACUUGUAGCAAUAUUGGUUGCCACUGUAACCUUCGCAGCUGGUUUUACUAUGCCUGGUGGUGUCUAUGGCUUUGAUGAAAAAGAAGCGAAGAAAAGAGGCAUGGCCACUUUUCUUAACAAAUACAUGUUCCAGCUGUUCACAAUCUGUGAUGUGAUAGCUAUGUAUAGCUCGACCAUGGGGUCUUUCAUUCUGCUAUGGGCUCAGCUUGGUGACUUCCAUAUGGCAUUCAGUGCCACAUACUUUGCUUUAUAUUUGGUGGGUUUGGCUCUGAUUACAAUGUCACUUGCAUUCAUGGCUGCAGUACAUCUAGUAGUGAGCAAUGUUUACUGGCUUGCUAACACUGUGAUGACUAUUGGAAUCAUCUUUCUUUUGAUGUUUCUGGGCAUAUUUAUUCUUCUAAUAUUCCCUUUAGGAGAGCGUGCUCUUUUCUUUCAUCACAUCUCUAACUUUAUUUUUAAGAUUAUCAUCCCAUUUUCAGGAAGUUAUGGAAAGUUGUCUGGGAAUGUGAAGGUUAAGAAGAUGAAAACAAUGCAUGAAACAGAAAAGAGCAAAGACAAAGAGGACACCCAACGAAGGAUGAAAACGCUUGAAAGACAAUGUACAUUAUAGCGCCUUUUCAAAUAAAAAUAACAACCAAAAGAAAGGGAGGAAUGUACAAGUUUGGCUCUAAUCUUAGAGAUCAGGUCUUGAACUAUGUGAUAUUUUGUGUUGUAGUUGUUUGAUUAUAACUAGUUUAGGUUGACCAUUAUCAUAAACUAUGUGCCACUUCAUUACUUAAAUUUUGUUUUGGGGGUGAUACUUCAUUAGUUAACUUGAUCGAAGAAU